AUGGAAAAUUUGAUCUGCUGUGGAGAGCGCGGCUGCCCCACGGUGCAGGGUCAGACCGAGCAGCGUUUCUUCUGUGUGAUCGAGCAGCACUCUGCGCACGGGCCUUUCGACAUCGAAGACAUCGAGGACCUUGGACACAGCCAGGCGGGCCAGGAGAGGGCUACUUCCCCGCGGCCGGACCUUGAUCAACACGUGGCCGAGGCGCUGGGACCACUUCUGCCGAAGGAUGAGUUGCCACCAAAGAUCUUUGGCCGACGUGGAGACAAGGCUCCCUCUGUGAUCACUGCAUCGAUGGUGAUUUGA